UCUUUGCACUACCUUCUUUGCACUGUUACCGCUAUGUCCGGCUUGACCUUUAACCACAAUAUACCAGGAAACCUUUCUUACGAUCACUUGAACUAUGGAAAAAUAUUUAACGACCCCAUACAUGGUCAUAUACGCCUGGAUGAUGUUCAGAUGCAAUUCGCCGAUACCGUCCAGUUUCAACGGCUCCGCGAGUUAAAACAGUUAGGCGCUUGUUACUAUGUCUUCCCAGGCGCCAGCCAUAAUCGGUUUGAGCAUUCGCUUGGAGUUUCAUACUUGGCUGCUGGCGUGAUUGAGCAUUUCAAAGAGAAUCAACCGGAGUUACAUAUCACACAGGACGAAAUUGAUAGUGUCAAGAUAGCAGGAUUGUGCCAUGACCUUGGUCAUGGUCCCUAUUCACAUUUAUUCGACAAUGAAUUUAUGCCACUUGCCCGACCUCACAAACGAUGGACUCAUGAAGAGGCAUCAGAGAUGAUGUUAGAGUAUUUGAUAGACGACAACUACAUUGAUAUUGAUAGACACCAAAUCAAUUUUAUCAAAGACUUGAUUGCUGGAGUCCCCAAAUCAACCAGUCAAGCGAAUGAUAGAGCAUUUUUGUUCGACAUAGUCGCCAACAAGCGCAACAGUUUAGAUGUGGACAAAUUUGACUACAUUGAACGGGACUGCUACAAUCUAGGUGCCAAGUCUUCCUACGACGCCAAACGACUGAUGUGGUUCUCUCGAGUUAUCGACAAUCAGAUAUGCUACCAUGAGAAAGAGGUGUACAAUUUGUAUGAAAUCUUUCAUACUCGAUAUAGCCUCUUCAAGCAAAUGUAUACCCACCGAAAAGCUAAGGCUGUCGAGUGCAUGAUCACUGAUAUCUUAGUUGCCGCCGAUCCUUUUCUCAAGAUAUCGGAAUCAGUGGAAGACCCUAAGAAAUUUUGGAAGCUCACAGAUGGUAUUUUGAAGACAAUUGAGCAUUCAGAGGAUGAUGAGCUAAAGGAUGCACGUCAAAUUAUCAAAAGACUACGCACACGUAAACUCUAUCGAUUUGUGGAUGAAUUUCUUAUUCCGGCUGGCAUGGAGUCGCAUAUUACAAAAGACAAGAUUUCUGCCCGAGAAUUGGUCAGCUACCAGUCGGAUAACAGUGGCUUGGUGGAGGAGGAUGUGAUUAUUGAAUGGCUGGUGAUUAAUUAUGCUAUGAAGGACCGUAAUCCAAUGGACUCUGUUCGGUUCUUCAGUAAGCGGCAUCAAGACCAAGGGUCUUUCACCAUUCCCAAGCAACAAGUAUCGUCCCUUGUGCCAUCCCAAUUUCAAGAAAUCAACAUUCGAGUUUUUGCCAGAAACCCUGAAAAGUCAAAAGAGAUACGCAAAGCGUUUUAUCGCAUGAUGAGGACGUACAAUUUGAAUGAGCAAUUGAAACCUGAUAUUGAAUCUUGGAUGACAGCCCGUCAAAACUUAUGGGAGACAGAUAACAUAUGAAUCAAUGGAGAUCAAUGUUUACAAGAACUGGUGUGUGUUUUUUGUUUUUGCGAAAAUACAAUA